AUGGCUCUUUAUGCAGAUGAAAGCAAUGAAGAAGAAGAUGCAUUUCAACAAGCAUUGGCAGCUUCUAUGGAGGGCUUUAAGGGAAGUGAUGAAGGUGCUUUGAAAGAGGUGGACGAAGCCAUUUCAGAGAAAAAGGAAACAUGCUUAAUGAAGAAGCCUGCUUAUCCACCUUUACCUGAAGAACCCAAGGGUGAUCGAAACCUGCUUUGCAGGGUUGGAGUCCGUUUUCCAGAUGGACGCAGAGUUCAGAGGAACUUCCUUCGCACUGAUCCAAUUCAGGUAAUAGUUUUCUUACUAUCUUCCACCAUUGGAUUAUCCUAAAUUUGCUUCGUUAUAUUACCUUCUAUUUGUUGAUCUGUUAGGUAAAGGUGUCAAAUAGAUAUCUGAUUACUUUAUUUUAUUUUUUUGCAAAAGUUUGCCUUCCUUUUCUUGUAAUUUGAAAUAAUGUACUAUCCUUGAUGUGGAGUAUGUUAUGGUACUAGACUUUGUUAGCCUUGAUUUGCGUGUAGAUGAAGUUCGAAUAUUAACUAU